AGAAUGCUCAACCAUCUCCCUUUUCACUGAAGAUCUCUCAUGAAAUGUCGGUGACCUAACAAGCUAUGGAUACACGGGCUUGCCCGUCACAUUGACCGUCCUGGGGCGAAUAUUUUGGUGACGGCAUGCAACGGGCUUGGGUCUCGAGAACACGGGCGAUUGAAGGUGCCGCCAUUCCAGUUGUUUACUGUUUGUGAGGACCGACAAGAUUCCGCAUACAUCCUACAAGUACAUUCCUGGCAGCCAUCCCAUCUGCCACGUUGAAAUGGAUUCCGACCAUGGCCAUAUCCUCCUCUUCGUCGGCCGCGUCCUCAAGGCUCUGGCCGCCGGAGUAGUUAUGCUCUGCUCUCCUCCGGUCAGGAUGCUACUCUGGGGCUUAAAGGCCAUCUUCCGCGUCCUCACAUUGCCAAUCCGUAUCCCAUGGCGUGUGGGGAUGUGGUGCUGGGAGGCGACCAUGGCGCUGGUGGAAGAGUACAGGCAUUUCCUCCUUUACCUCACCUGCGCCAUCGCCAUCGGCACAGUCUCCGGCCUCCUCGCCGCAACCCUCACAAACCUCACCGUCACCUGGCUAACCUGGCUGUUCCCGUUCCUCCGCCCGCGCCACCACCCGCGCCGCCGCCUGCAGAAACCCACCGCCGCCAUCCCCACCAAGCCAUCCCGCCCCCAACCCCGACACGCCGCGUCGUCGUCGUCGGCGAUCUACUGGUCGUCAGACGAGUCAGUCGACAACGACGCCGACCAGGACAGGAGGCCCGUGGCCUUCAUCCCGCCGAGCCGACGGCACGGGUACGCGCCCAAGAAGCCGCCGCCUGCUGCUGCUGCUGCUGCUGCUGCGGCGCAGGCGGGACCGUCGGCGUGGUCGUCGUCGUCUCGGGCUUCGCGGCACCGGGCGCAGCCGUCGUCGGGCAAGGCCCGCGUGGCGGUGGCUGAUACGAUUCACGAGGAGUCGUCCGGGUCCGAGCACGAGCUGCGAUAGGGAGGUUGGUGUGUGUGUGGUGGUCGGGUGCUGGUUCGUGGGGCGUUUUGGCGGGGCUUUUUGUUAGGGUAGUUCAUUUGGUUUCUGAGGGUAGAAGCUGGGGAAUGGAACCUGGAUAUCGCUUUCGUCAGGCACCAUCUGGAAACCCGAAUUCUUCGUCCAUC